AUGAAGGUGGACCAGUUGACACCUACAGACGUUAUAUGGCGCACAUUCGAGGAUCACAAACGUCACCUUCCUUUUGACGAGUUAUCUUUGUACAGAGGUUUUCUUGUCUGGGGUGACGUACAUGUGCCAUACUUACCUGACAGGUGUCUUCGUCAGUUUUGUCUUCAUCAAUAUAUUCCUCCUCCACCUCCUGCUGAUACGUUGAGCAAUGAUGACAUUGCUGUGGAGUGGAUUGGCUAUGACCACAGCGUGGCCAAUGUGGUCAGAGACACCGCACCAGUGGCAUACCCCUAUGAGAUAGUUGAUGAAUAUUUACAGUGGUAUUACUGUGUGUCGCAUCCUCAGUUGUAUGUCCUAUGUUUCAAUGUUAAUGUUCUAUUUUCUAUGUUUUACUGUUAA